AUGUUCGAUGUUCGAGUCCAAAAAUAUUACGUAAUAGGAACCACCCUCAGCAAGCUGCGAGAGUUGAAAGGACGGGGUCUGAUUCUUGACCGUCACUUCGAGACGAAAAAAACACAUGUGAAGGCGGGAAACUCCGUUGCGAAGGAGCGGUGGGACGCCAUCGAGAGCGCGUGGGGGUUGAAGCAGAACGGUAUCUUCGACGAAGGAGAGUGGAUCGCGCAGAUUGAUGGUGAAAUUCAGGGCAUUACCAGCAGCACCCGCCUGUCCUUGUCAUCCCAACAAGAUGCCAGCAGCGCACGAGGUGCUGCUGCACCUUCUCAGCACCCACCUGCUGCUGCAGCGGGUACCGCGAGGAGGAAGGCGGCAGCAUCUGCAACGCGUUCUCGAUUGGCAGCGGACAACCNAGCCGGGCCUGGGCGUUGUUGGCACGUGAAGGUCGAUGAUGCGACGGGGGCGGCUUCGUUUGUCCUCCAGCGGAAGCGCUUUCUCGAUCUAGACUUGGAAAGCGACGGUUUUAUGGAACGCGAAACCAAGGAAACUCGUGGAGCUCCCAAGCGCAGGCGAUACGGCUAUAGGUUCAAAGCCAAUGCUGUCAACCAGCUGCGCAUCCUCGAGGACAACGCCGCGGACCUCUGGAAGGAGGAGGAGCGCACGCCUCUUCAGUACUUGGAGGAUCGUCUCAAGGUUCACGACAGCAACGUACGCCAACAGGGCCAAUUGGUGUUGAAAUAA